UAUAGUCACGUAGCGCCAGACUAUUUGUGCAGAUCAACAAGCAUCGUCUGCGUUUUUCUGCGAUGACGAACUUGCCAAAUGUCGACGGCACAUACGUGCCCGCGGGCAAUUUGGCUCAACAUCAUGAACAUUGAGCUUUUCCAUUAAACUUGGCAUGGCAGAAAAAUACUGACAUGGAUCCCUGGAGUGCCAUCAAUGCAGACGAGGUGAAAGAGCUGUCUUGGGUCCAGUGUGAGAAUGAGACUUGUCUGAAAUGGAGAAGGAUUGCUCGAGAGGAAGUUGGAAAACUAGGAGAAGAGCCUUGGUUCUGUCAUAUGAAUGCAGAUAAUGCACACAACAAUUGCCAACAAUUUGACUUUCAAUUCAGGUGUGCAGAUCCUGAAGAAGAUCAUAGGAAGACCAUACACACAGCCAACAAGUAUGGCUAUCGCUACAUCUUCAGCCAACUGCCUCAGGGUUCCUUGGUCUGGGCUAAGAUGACUGGACAUGUUUCAUGGCCGGCUAUCCUGUCUCCAGACCCUGCUGACGGAAGAUACACCAUGAUCAACGAUGAGACAGGGACUCCAUCACAUUAUCAUGUUGAGUUUCUAGGACAUCCUCACUCCCAUUGCUGGGUGCUCAGUAGCAAUGUGGACAUCUAUGGCAGCUCAUCGUCUUCUCAACCACAGAAACCCAAACACUGCAAAAAGUCUUUGGGUGUCUCUGCCGGAUGCCACACUGCACAAAAAGUUAACCUCUACACCAAGAACCUCCGAGAAUCCAUUCAGGAGGCUGAGCCCUUGAGGGCAUUAACUUGUGAGCAGAGGCUUGCCAAAUGUGUGUACAUUACCCAGACAGGAACAGAUACCCCACAGAAGAAAGGUUUCUUAAAUUCUGAAAAACAUGGUGCAGAAAUUAGGACCCCAAAGAAAAGAGAAAGACCAGCAAGAAGCCAAGAAGGGAACACUUUGACUGAUUCCAACAGCAGUGCGCAGUCUGCCAAGAAAUCAAAGAAGACUGUAUCCUUCAGUCAUCAACUACGAGUACAUCCUUUUCAUCACGAUAAUGUGUCCAUCUCCUCAUCUGAGGAGGAUUCUCCAGCCCAGCAGGUGCCCAUGCUUAUUACUUCAAAAGAGGAGCGACUUCAAGCCGAUAUUCAGCUACUGAAAAGAGCAGAGGAGAAGUUUGAUAGACGUCUCCAGCGGUUUUGCUCUCGUCAUGGGAUCCCGCUCAAGAACAGCGGACCUCGGUGGCAGGGUCGUCAGGUCAGCAGGUACCAGGUAUACAUGGCUGUCCAAGAACGAGGAGGCUACAAUAUGGUAAGCGCCAAUCGCGCCUGGGCAAAGGUUUACCACGAAGCCUGUGGAACAAGUCCAUCAGGGUCACAUCAGUCUGUGAGUUCUGCUGUAAAAUCCUUCUACACAAGAAACCUGUUGCCUUAUGAACUGUAUGAGCUGCGGUCUUCAGGCAGGUAUGCUGAUGAAGCUUCAACGUCCGAGACACAGCGCAAGAAAAAACACCCAAAGCACGAGAGUAAACACCUGAUGAGAGAAAAGAAAGUGGAACACAAGCACAGAGUGGCCACUUCAAGCACUGCAUCUGCUGCAGUCACACAAGGAGCUGAUUAUCAUAACAUCUCCAAUCAGCCAAUCCCAGUGCAUGGCAAGAACUUGCCGCCAAUGGGAGGGCCUGGGAACACCUGCCAGCCAGUGAUUGGAGGUGCUCCUGUCAGCUUUGAGCCAAUGGAUGACAUGGGUAAUUUCUAUCUGCCGAUCAGAGGGCAGAGCCAAGCUGCAAAUCAUCAUCGGAAAGAAGUCCUGGAAAGUUCAGGACAGUCACAAAUUGUAUCACAGGGAGAACAGCAUGUUGAGGCUUCACAAGAUGAUGUAACUCCCACGGACAUGGAUCUCCUUCAAGAGGAAUCCACCCAAGCUCUGCAGGAACUGCAAGCCCUGGAGAAUCUGCUGGCUGCCAUUCAGAAGAAAGAGGAGACUACCACAGUCGAUCUCGGGGAGGGUGUGAUCAAGGGCUUGGACAGGGCCACUCAUAGAGAGGGUCAGCCAUAUGCUAGUCCCCUAUCAAGAAAGAAGCCCAUUCUCCUUGAGUUCUACUCCAUGCAGUACAGGGACGAGGCAGAAUGCUGCAGGGUGGAUGGACCAGCUGUGAUGAGAGUGAACGACGACACGUGUCGAGUUCCAGACAUCGCACAUCCGAAGACGGCAGGUCACACCUCGUUCACUGCUGAACUUCCAGUGGAAGGCGAAGAUAGAAGAACACUGAGUCAAGACAUGUACGACGAUAUCCUCCUGGACAUAGACGCCAUGGGAGAUGAGAUCGACCGUCUCGAUGAUGAGCUGUGUCAGGAACUGACAGAGAUCUGAAUUAUCCUACAUGCUGCAAGCAAUGACAACAUGAUCGUGCUGGUAAGACGAUGACCUCAAAAGUCAUAGACUUGCGUUAUCCAGAGUACAUAAACAGUGUUACAGCAACCCCGGAUGAAAACAUCACUGUAUUGCAAAGGAAAUCUUCACUUUUCCCCAACAAAUUUCAACUUGUUGGAUAACUAACAUUCUUGCGAGAGUACAACUAUAAUGACAUUCUUAAGUAAGACCCAGUCAAGUUGAGCCCUGAAAUCCAGUUAAGUUUAUCAAGUCAAUUUUCCAUCUACACGUAGCUUCAUCAAGUCAAUUUUCCAGUUACACGUAGCUUUAUCAAGUCAAUUUGUGUGAGCACAUUCUCAAACGAUACGUUUAAUUACGAGGCAUACCAUAACUUUGAGUCUUUCCGUACAAGGGCUAAUUAGGUCUGCCAACCCCAACAAAUGUACUUCAAGUUUAGAGGGACUUGACCUACACAUUGCUUGAAAUGCAUGCUGCUAAAGGUGUUAAAUGACACCAUACAUGGCCGCAUGUAACAGUUGACACAGUUUAAUUGUGAAAUAGCAUUGAUAUGCACUGGGUCCAUUGGAAUAAGCCUAGUUCCUCUGUUGACAUUCGUUCCAGGAUAUACUUAAUAUCAAGAAACAAAGUUACUUCAAUGCAUAGUAUGCUGCAAGCCUGUGGUAUAUUAUAACAGAUGUUUUAAUGAUUUAUAGAAAAUUGGGCAAAUACAAAAAAUAUGUUUGUUUCUACACUCGUGUAGCAAAGACCUGACAUUUGUUAUGAUGAUAUUCAUUUUGACUGUUAAAAAAGUUAAUAUUUUGAAGCGUUGGUUCUUAAAUGUUACACCAAUGGUAGUAUUAUGGACACUGCAGGAACCAGGCAUUGCAUUCUCAGAGAAGUCUUGGUACAGUAUUAAUGGAUUUUGUAUUAUAAUGGUGCCAUGUUUGAAAGAUAUGAAAAAGACAAUGAAUUACUUUUAACCCAGUGCUGAAUGAUGUUCAAGUUUUAAGUCCUAAACGUGGCAUCAAAGAUUCAUGCUUUCAAAUAAACUAGAAAACGGUAUCAAACAUCACAAAUUUAAUUUUAUGCAUCAACAGUAGCAAAAAUGAAAUGAGCAUUAGAGAGCAAUUUAUCUCCACAUUUGGAACUUCAAUACAUUUCCGUGAAUGAAUAAUAACAGACAUUCAAAAUUAUAUGCAUGCAUCUUCUAUCCAUAUUAUGGCACUACCAUUAAGUGCUCUGUACAAUUGAUUCAAACCAUAUAAAAUCAAAAUAAACAUACCUUAACAUGAUCAAAUGAGUGCAGAUACAAGUACUGUACAUGCAGGUAAGUUGAAUUUAAAGCACAUGUGCAGUUCUUCAAGUAAUAUACAGAUCUGAAUUAUUGUCAAAAACGAUGUACUUUUACAUCUUUUAAAGGAACAGUGUUGUGGAAUUUUUGUCACUUCAAACCGUGUACAUGUUUUAGAAGCACAGAUUUAUGUUACGAUGACUUCACCUUUGUAGCAGUGAUGGGAAUAAAUGUCAACGUUCUGGAUUUUAUGCUAA